UUUUCCACCCCUCCUUCUCUUUCUGUGUGUACGUGCGCUCAGUUCCUGGUUUCAAAACAACAGCGCAAAUGCUGUCUCAACUUCACCAGACAGAUCAGAUCAUCAUGAUGACCACUUACUUCUGCCUCCUAGUCUCUGUCUUGAUUUGCAAGAACUACGCAGAGAUGACCUGUCAAACUGUCCAGCAGAAUACCAUCCCCACACUGAGUUGUGGCCACUCUGAAGGUGAUGUAACAUGGAGCAGAGACCAAGAUGGAGGAAGAGUUGACAUUCUGACUGUGAGAAAAGGACAGGACAGCGAGGACAAACACAUUUCUGACCCAGAUAUCACCAUGACCCCUCACACCACUAAGAACCCAACCACAAUAGUUAAGAACACAGUGAUAAAGAGGAGGAACAAGAAAGAUGAGAAGAAAGAUAAAAAGGGUGAGAAGAACAAGAAGAAUGAAAAGAAGAAUAAGAAGACAAAGAAUAUCACCAUGACCCCUCACACCACGAAGAACCCAACCACAAGAGUUAAGAACACAGAUAUCACCAUGACCCCUCACACCACUGAGAACCCAACCACAAGAGUUGAGAACACAGAUAUCACCAUGACCCCUCACACCACUAAGAACCCAACCACAAUAGUUAAGAACACAGAUAUCACUAUGACCCUUCACACCACGAAGAACCCAACCACAAGAGUUAAGAACACAUAUAUCACCAUGACCCCUCACACCACUAAGAACCCAACCACAAGAGUUAAGAACACAGGUCAUUGGCAACUGCCUGUGGGUGUAACCACUGGAGGACUGGUUCUGGUUCUGGUUCUGUUGCUGGUGGGGUUCCUCAUUAGAAGACGCUGGGCUCAGAAAGCAGAGGGUGACAGAGACAGACCACAAGCCGUCUAUGAAGAAAUAUCAGAUGUGACUCAACAACCAAAGGAUGAAUCUUGUGAGUGUUCUUCAAGAUCUAAAGAACAUUUUGUCUACAAUCUGGCUAGUGCACAAGGCACACAGAAAGAAGUUAUUAGUAUGAACCCCAUAUAUCACACUAUCCAGGACCCUAACAUUACAACAAAUCUCAACAAUGAUCCAGGAGAAGCAGGAGCGCCGGAGGCUGGAGAAGGAGGAGAGGGACCGGGCCGAGGCCAAGCUGGAGGCCGAAAUCCAAAAUGAUAACCCCUGGGGCUGGGGAGGGUGCGGCGCAGCCCUCAGAGACACCCGAGGGGACCUCAUUACUGACCUAAAGCAGAUGCACAGGCAGAAUGAGGAAGCUUGGCUGAAUCCCGAGACCUCUCAGAAGCGAUCCACACCCACCAUGCGCAUCCUGAGAGAGGACAGACUGCCUCCCAUCAACACAG